UCAUGUCUUUGUCCAGCGGUCGCCGCGUUUCGGUUACGUGUUUGCUUUCCUCCCCCAAAGCGGCUUCAGCUGAAGCCGCUAAAACAUGGUCGUCGGUACUGCAAGUAACAUCGGUAGCAAGGGCCACAGGUGGGUCCUGUAAGGCCCGCAGAUUGUUCGUCAAGUCCGGUGACCUUGAUGGACCAGGCAUCGACGGAUCCAAGUCGCUUCGACGGGGAGAUAAUAGCGCGGCCUGCUGUCUCACAAUGUCAGGAUCGAUUGUGUUACUGCCCAGCGACAGUCUCUUCGCGGCCUCAAAAACUCGGGAGUCAUCCUCAUCGUCGGCCUCAGAACUCUCUACCACAGCUUCCUCCUCGAUCCACUUAGCCUUGCCCUUGCCCUUCCGAUCAACGAGAGUCGCGCCGGGGACAGGAGAAGUGACUUCCUGGUCCUUUCCCUUGAGCUGCGUGGCAGAGGUCGUUGUCUUCACAGGAAGUGCAGUUUGCGAGCUGGAUCUGGCGUUCGUAGCAUUCGCGGGGGUGCUUGGCGUAGUUAGUGUGCUGGCCUUCGGUGAGCUGGGCUUCGACUUCGGUGAACUGGCCUUCGGUGAGCUGGGCUUCGGGAAGCUACUAGCCUUCGGUGAGCCGGGCUUCCGAGAUGUGUUUUUCGCUUGCUCGGGCUCAGAGGCCUUGGGGAUGACAAUAGCACCCGACUUAUCUGGCCCUCGCGCAUCCGGUGUCGCAUGAGGAACACUUGCUGGUUUCUGAGCAGUACCAGGUGCCUUGGAUGCAGCAGUUUCCUUGGCGGUGACGUCCUUCGAUCCCGCAGCAUCCGAUGGCUUCAUCGCCGACGGUGAGGUGGUCGGGCUAGCGGGGACUGCUCCUGUUGAUGCUGAAGGAAUUUCGAAGUCCAUCUCUACGUCUACAUCGGGCGUAAGUUCCCAAGCCGCCCAGGUCCUCCGUUCGACAAACAGCUCCCAGCGAGGCUCCGUCCGCCGGCGGCGAGUGAGGACCUGUCGUGCAAACCUGCACAUCGUGCCGCAACGCUUCUGCAAAGGGGUCCGUUCCGUCUUCCGC